UCCUUUUUUAAAUUCCCAUUGAGGCCCUGAGAGCCACAGCCCCCAAAACUGAUGAGUCACCUUGUCUGUGGAAGUCAGCCACUGCCUCAGCUGAAACUGUCCCCAGGAGAUAAUGCUGAUUGUCUAUGCUUGGCGGGAUUCUAAAACUUGUUUUUUCCUCUCGGUCUUUGCCACAUUCAUGUUUCUGACAUUCCUAUUUGAGGUGGACUACACAUUCAAAGAACAUUUUUUUCUCUUUUAGCUACAUUUCAUCUAGCAAACUUUCAGACUCUGGGGAGAAAUGGAGCACCCUUCAAAGGAAGCUGCUGUGGAAAGCAGUGGACCCAAGGUUUUGGAAACAGCAGAAGAAAUCCAGCACAGAAGACAGGAGGUGUUAGACCAGUACCAGAGGUUCAAGGAACGUGUUGCUGAGAGGGGUCAGAAGCUUGAAGAGUCUUAUCACUAUCAAGUUUUCAGGAGAGAUGCAGACGACCUGGAGAAGUGGAUCAUGGAGAAGCUUGAGAUUGCAAAAGAUAAGAGUUAUGAACCCACGAAUAUACAGGGGAAGUAUCAGAAGCAUGAAUCCUUUGUAGCAGAGGUGCAAGCCAAAUCAAGGGUACUUCCUGAACUGGAAGAAACCAGGGAAGCCCGAUUUGCAGAAGACCAUUUUGCCCAUGAAGCCACCAAGACCCAUCUGAAGGAACUUCGCCACCUGUGGGAUCUGCUGUGGGAGUUGACCCAAGAGAAAAGUGAGGUGCUGCUGCAGGCACUGAAGUUCUAUCAGUACUCGCAGGACUGUGAAGACAUCUUGGAAUGGAUCAAAGAAAAGGAAGCUAUAGUGACAUUAGUAGAGUUGGGUGAUGACUGGGAACGAACUGAAGUCCUCCAUAAGAAGUUUGAAGAGUUCCAAGAAGAACUGACAGCUCGGAAGGGAAAAGUGGACAAAGUGAACCAGUAUGCUGAUGAGUGUGCCCAGAAUAAACAUCCUAAGUUGCCUGAGAUAAAGGCAAAACAGGAUGAGGUAAAUGCUGCCUGGGAUCGUCUCUGGAACUUGGCUCUGAAGAGACGAGAAAAUCUAUCGAAUGCUGCAGACCUCCAAAGAUUCAAAAGGGAUGUCACUGAAGCCAUCCAGUGGAUGGAGGAGAAAGAGCCUCUACUCACCUCUGAGGACUAUGGCAAAGAUCUUGUUAGUUCGGAAGCACUGUUUCACAAUCACAAGGGGCUUGAAAGGAAUCUCGCUGUCAUGGAUGACAAGGUGAAGGAGUUGUGUGCCAAAGCAGACAAGCUGAUGACUUCCCAUCCUGCGGAUGCCACGCAGAUCCAGCAGAUGAAAGUGGAUCUGCUCUCCAACUGGGAACACAUCCGUGCCUUGGCCACGAACCGAUAUGCAAAGCUGAAGGCUUCUUAUGGAUACCAUCGGUUCUUAUCUGACUAUGAUGAGCUCUCGGGCUGGAUGAAGGAGAAGACUGCUCUGAUCAAUGCUGAUGAGCUGCCUACAGAUGUAGCCAGCGGGGAGGCACUACUAGCCAGACACCAACAGCAUAAGCAUGAGAUCGACUCGUAUGAUGACAGAUUUCAAUCUGCCGAUGCGACUGGUCAAGAUCUGCUGGACGGUAAUCACGAAGCUUCUGAGGAAAUUCGUGAGAAGAUGACAAAACUAGCCAAUGACUGGGCUGCUCUGCUUGAACUGUGGGACAAGUGUCAGCAUCAGUACCGUCAGUGCCUGGAUUUUCACCUCUUCUACCGAGACAGUGAACAAGUGGAUAGUUGGAUGAGCAGACAAGAGGCCUUCCUGGAAAAUGAGGACCUGGGGAACUCAGUGGGCAGUGUAGAAGCCCUUCUUCAAAAGCAUGAUGACUUCGAAGAAGCAUUCACUGCCCAGGAAGAAAAGAUUAUAACCUUGGAUGAAACUGCAACCAAGCUUAUUGACAAUGACCACUAUGACUCUGAGAACAUUGCUACUAUUCGUGAUGGGCUGUUGGCCAGGCGUGAUGCUCUGCGUGAAAGAGCCGCCACUCGCCGAAAAUUGCUGGUAGAUUCACUGCUUCUCCAACAACUGUAUCAAGACUCAGAUGACCUAAAAACCUGGAUCAAUAAGAAGAAAAAAUUGGCUGAUGAUGAAGACUACAAG